AUGAUGGAGACACCAUUAUUGCUAACAGACAAGCAAGUGCAGGAGUUUUUAAUCAAUGGUUAUUUGAUUCUUCAACCCAUCUCCCUUGAUAGAAAUUUUCACUCAUCAAUAUUUACUGAAGCUGAGUCAAUUUUCCAACAAGAUGCCAAUCCAGGAAACAAUAUUCUUCCACAAAUUCCUCAACUUCAGUAUGUAUUCGAUGAUCCAGUAAUUAAAGGUGCAUUAAUAAGCUUAUUGGGUUCAAAUUACACCAUGCAACCGCAUCGCCAUGCGCAUGUAACACGUCCGGGAACUGCAGACCAGACAUGGCAUAAAGACAGUUACUUUGGUUAUCGAAAGCCACUUCGUCAUCAUCAAUUACGUUAUACCAUGGCCAUGUAUUAUCCUCAAGAUACAACUAUUGAGAUGGGACCCACUGCUAUCAUACCUCGAUCACAAUACGAUGUUAAGCAUCCGAAAAUGUAUUCACAUUCUGAAACACUAGAAAAUCCGAAUACAACAAGUGACGAUCACGAUAUUUCUCUAGUUUGCACAGCCGGUACUGUGCUGUUAAUUCACUAUGAUAUUGUGCACAGAGGAACAGCCAAUCUAACAAAUCGUUCGCAUCGUUAUAUGUUUAAAUUCCAGUUUACUCGAAUUGAAGAGCCAAAUCAGCCAACAUGGAAUCAUGACCCGACAAAUGCGUCUUACGACGCAGCUGAUGCAGGAUUAUUACAGCCAAUUGUCAAGCAUGUCUGGAACUGGAUGAUAGGUCGUGACAUUAUCUUACAAGAACUUACCACUGAUCAAGAUAUUAACAUGUGGAAAACACAGCUCAGUGAUCAUUGUGGGAAAAUCCGUCUUAAUGCAGCUUAUAAUUUAGCUUUGAAUAACGAAUACAAUAUUUUAAUCCAACAAUUAUAUAAGAACGAAGAAAUUCCUCGUUUCGAAGCAGCAUAUGCAUUAACGGCUAGUCGAUAUAAUAAAGAGGCAAUCGAUGAAUUACAAACAGUGCUAAUAAGAGAAGAAAACAAUGAACCCAUAGCAUAUUGUAUAGCAUUCAUCUUUUCCGAAAUGGGUUCAGCAGCACUGAAUACUUUACCAUUAUUGAUACACAUCAUUGAAAAAAGUCAUUCAUAUUUAGUGAAACAAUACUGUUGUGAAGCCCUGGGAACUAUCCAAGUAAAUGAGCAACAUUAUAUUGACACGGUCAUAUCAUGUUUAACAAAUGUUCUUGCGGGUCGAGAUCAUCUGGAAGAUCCUAAAGAAGCAUCCCAUAUGAGACUUACGGCUGCAUUAUCCUUGGCUAAACUUGGCGUCAAAGCAAUACAAGCAAUACCUAGUCUAAAAGAAGCACUCUAUCUGGAUAAAAAUCGAUAUGUGAAUGCAAAUGCAUUAUUAGCUUUGAAAAGAAUUGGAACAGAAGAAGCGUUAAAAAUUGUUUUGCAUUAUCUUGAAAUGUCACGAUGGUGUGCAAAGACAACAGCUGCUAGUUUAUAUUAG